CCCACCACCACCGCCUCUCUCCGCCGCAGGCGAGGAGGAGGGGACUCCGCGUGCUUUGCUGCUGCUGCCGCCGCCGCGUGCGCAGUUGCCGCGCGAGACGGGGGUGGUGUGGCGAGGCCCCGAGCGCGAAACGUCGCAAAUGCCGUCGAGCGUGCAGUUCCCGCCGCUGCGAAGCGCGGACGACUUAGUGACGGGCUCCGCUCGCUUCGCGCUGCCCGAGGCGGGCAACUGGCCCAAGUGGAGGUCUCGCGUGGUGCGGAACCUGCAGUACUACCAGAGCAACUACUUCCUGCUGGUGGUCGCCGUCUUCCUCGUCGUGGGGUGCCUGCAGCCGGUGAAGAUGGUGGCGGGCGUGCUGGCGGUGGGGGCGGCCUGCGGGGGGCUGGCGUGGGCGCGCCGGCACGGCGAGGCGGUGCGGCUGGCGCAGCGCCACAAUCCGGGCGGCGUCGCCGUGGCGCUCGCGCUCUGCAGCCUGGCGCUCUGCCACCUCGUGGGCGGCCUGCUCUUCUUCCUCAGCGGCAUCGCGCUGCCCGUGCUGCUGGUGAUCCUUCACGCGUCGCUCCGCUUGCGCAACAUCAAGAACAAGGUGAGCAACCAAAUGGAGCUGCUGGGAGUGAGGAGGACCCCCAUGGGGCUGCUGCUGGAGGCCCUGGGCCAGAACCUGGAUCCGCAGGCCGACGACACGACGGAGGUGGAGCAGCGGUACGCCAAGUCCCGCUGAGCGACGUGGCCGUUGAUCAACUAGGGGGAUGGGUAACUUUUAGGGCAAUCUUCGCCGGCAACGAGUUCCAGCACGAGCGACCGUGGCAACUUUGGGGGCGACGGAGUUUUUGUCUCGUGCCGAUCGCAGAGCAGCAUGUUUGAGUUGACAGUAAUUCAUGUAGAGACGAGAGAUAGCAAUCUGUUGCUGAAGUGCAUCUGCUGAAAAAAUAGGCUCAGAGGCAUGAGGGGGAUGGCUAUAGCACCAGUAACUAGUUGGUUAUGUUAGGGGACAGGAAAUUGGUCAUUCGGCAAGUUCUUCAUGCAGUCCACUUGCUGGCAAUCGCUCAGUCAGUUGGUCAGCCACUGCGAUACAUUUCAAUAUAAUAUUUGCCUCUGGGGAAAAAAAGUCUUCAGUAGUCAGAAGGCAUCUCUCUCGUCCAUCCACAUGCACCAACUUGGAGCCGACAUUUCUCAAAAUAAAAA